AUCCAGGCUGCAUUCCUGUUGAAUCACUGAAGCAAAAGAGGAAAGGAAGGGAUUUCUCCUCCGACAGAGGACGAUUCAAAACACUCCCAGAUGUGCGUGGCUUGUUUUUUUUACUUCAGCUUUUUUAAGAGAGGAAACUCCAUUUGGCUCUUGAGGUGUCUGCCCUCUGUGACAACUCUCCUCUUCUGAACAGUGGAACCAUCUGACUUGGCCGUGUGUAUUUGUAAAACAGAGUAAGCGUGACCUUGAGUCUGAGAGAGAGAGAGAGAGAGUGUGUGUGUGUGUGUGUGUGUGUGUGUGUGUGUGUGUGUGUAUGUGUGUGUGUUUGUGGGUGUGUGCGGUCUUGGAAAACUCCUCGAGCAUUCCGCGUUUCCUUUAUGUGUAAGGGGACUGGCUCUUCAUAGUAAGCCGUCUGUAGAUUGUACCCCAGAGACCAGGAGACGUACAACAUGUGGACUCUGCUUUCCAUUUGGUUUCACGUGCUGCUGCUUGCGUAUGUCAGACUACUGAUGUUAGCGACGGAUGUCCUGGCUUCAAUCAGAGAAAUAAACCAGGAGAAGUGGGAGAAAGACAUCAGGUCAGCUGCAAGCCUGGAUGAGCUGCUCAUGUUGACUGACUUCCCAGACUGGAAGCUGUGGAGGUGUCGUCUAAAGCUGAAACAUGUUGACUCGGCCUCCUUCCCAGAAUUCCGUUCGCCCUCAGUGGGAUCGCACAGAUUCACACGCUUUGCUGCCAACUCUUACAGCCUGGAGGUACUCAAAGCCAUUGAUGAAGAGUGGCAGAAAACGCAGUGCAUGCCCCGGGAGACGUGUGUAGAUGUGGCUCAGGAGCUCGGCACUAGCAACGACAUGUUCUUCAAGCCACCAUGUGUCUCCGUGUUCAGAUGUAGUGGCUGCUGCAACAAAGAGGGGGUCACGUGCCGCAACACCAGCACCACCUAUGUUGAUAAAAUACUUCUGAGUGUGGUGCCGUUUAAGUAUGGGCCUGAGCCGAUGCUGAUCAGCGUAGCUAACCACACGGCGUGUAAAUGCCAGGAACCGCAGAUGAUUCGCAGACAAGCUCUGCCACACAGGAAGAGCGGGUGUUUUCCCAUUCGCCAGUCAGAAGACUCCAGAAGACUAUGUGACCGAGGGCUCAUAUGGGACUGUGUGGAGGAUCGGUGUGUACCUUAUCCCUCCAGCAAUCAAGCAAAAACUCCUUCCAACACAAAGGCAGAGGAUUGUGAAAUUGACAUAGAAAAAUGUGAAUGUAUUCCCAAAGAGGUGACAUCCACACGGAGAUAUGCUCCAUGUCUGUGUGCAGCCAGGAGGAGGCAAUUCAACCAUACGUCAUGCAGCUGCAAGAGAAAGUGAAAGCAUACACACAAUGCAUUCAUCACACCUCGGACAAUCUGCUUCUGCUGGAGCUGCGAUCGAAGAUACAUUCUAAUUUAUUUACAGUUUUAUUUAUAACACUGCUUUAUGCACACGAGUAUAACAUUUAACCCCACUUUUCACAUGACUGUGUUAAAUCACUUAACCUCAAAUAAAAGAACAAUCCCAGCCUAGUCAUGAUAUGUAAAUAAUAUACUGGUUCCUGUGCACUGAAUAUAGUAAAAUAUAAAAAUGUCCUACUAUAAAGAAUGGUAUGUUUGAAGUUAUUUCAUGUGAUGCAUGAGAAGCAUAUUGUGGAUGUGCAUAUGGUACAGUAUAUGAUAUUUAAUAAUUGUGUACAUAGUAAAUUCACUUCAAACUAUUGACCAAACAUUUUCAUAUUGAGUCACACAAAAUAUGAUUUAGUCAUGAAAAGCUUAUUUCGUAUAUGUAUUCAGUGUGAUUCAGAAAAUGUUGGUUUUCAGUGUGAGACUAAGCCUUUGUGGAUUAUUUUAUUUUAUGAUGAUGGGACAUACAGUAAAUGACCAUAGAAUACACAUUAUAAUGUACAGACCUGGCCCAAUGAAGUGCAAGAAAUAUUUUAUUGAUCUGUUUGAUGUGACGCCAUAUUUAUGACUGAAGGAUUCUGGAGUUCCUGACCGGCAUUUGUCAGAGACAGAUGUGUAGAGGUUUUAUGUUUAAUGUUUUUGUUUCUUGCUUUACCAGUGGAUUUACUGAAUAAUAAAUAUCUUCUUGUACAGUACGUAUCUGCUGGCCAUAUCUACACAUCUACUAAAGCUACACAGUUCACUGGCUAGUUUUAACCUGCACGUAACACUACCACAAACUUUUGUUUCAGUUAAUAAAUCCUGAAAAAGUCAUCCUGCUGUUUAUUUACCAGACCAGAGAAGACCAUUUUUAUUUUAUUUUUCAAGUGCCACAGCUUAGUUUUGCCAACCUAUCCAGCAGUGGGUUUCUCUGCUCCUUAAAGCGCCUUAACGUUACGUUAAACAGCCAGGUCCGUAGGUAUUUGGACGGUGAUUUUUGUAAUUUUGCCUCGGUACACCACAGCAAUGGAUUUGAUAUAAGGUUUUAACAAAAGUAUUGCAUUAAUUAAUUUUAUUUGCAGAGUCCCUCCAUUUUCACAGGCUCAAACGUAAUUGAACAGGCUAACUUAAUCUUAAGUAUUAGGAUUAUUUUUAAUACUUGGAUGCAAAUCCUUUGCAGUCAAUGACUGCCUGAAAUCUGGAACCCAUGGACAUCACCAAAUGCUGCGUUUCCUCCCUUGAGAUGCUUUGCCAGACCUUUACUGCAGCUGCCUUCAGUUACUGCGAGUUUGUGGGUCUUUCUGCCUUCAGACUUCAGUACGUGUAAAACUUGCUCAGUUGGGUUGAGGUCAUUGGACAUUUAAGAACAUUUAAUUUCAUUGCCUUAAGAAGCUCUGGGGUUACUUUUAAGGUAUGUUUUUUGGGUCAUUAUCUAUCUGUACUGCGAAGAGAUGUCCUAUCUGUUUUGCAGCAUUUGAGCAGAAAGUAUAGCUCUGUACACUUCAGAAUUCAUCCUGUUACUUCCAUUAAAAGUCAUUGAUAAGUGCCAGUGACCCACUUCCACUGGCAGCCAUACAUCUCCAUGCUAUAACACUUCCUCCACAUGUUUUACAGAUGAUGUGGUAUGCUUUGGAACACAAGCCCGUCCUUUCCUUCUCUGUACUCUUCUCUUCCCAUCACGCUGGUACAAGUUAAUCAUGUGUCAGAACCGGGCAGGCUUUUUUUGAGAGGUUUUUUAGCAAGUCUAAUGUGGCCUUUCUGUUCUUGAGUGUUUGCAGUGGUAUGCUUCUUGAGGUUCAUCGUCUGUAUUUACACUCAUGAAGGACUCUCUUGAAUGUAGAAUUGUAGACGAUGAUAUGUCUACCUCCUCCAGAGUGUUCCUGACUGUUCUAGUAUCUGGGCCUUAAGCGGGCUAAUUGGCAGUGAAUCAGCCACACCCUUGAACAGCACUGUCAGUCUGACGCUCAGUGAUCUCGGCCACACGUUCACAUUUGCCCAACAGUUCUGAGACACUGGUCAUGGUGUCGAGGAUGUAGUUGCUAUAAUGCUAUAAUGGUGAUCUUUACAAUCACACCAAGCUUAAUGUAACUUUUUCUUUUUACACUUUUAAUGCUACGAGUUGUAGACAUGUCUCUAUUACAGAAGGCUUUUGUUGACCAUCUCCACUUCUGACAAUAAACUCUUUUCUCAAGAUGUGUA